GUUGGAGUUGGAAAUAGCCUCUUGAAACAAUACUUAAUCAAUUCAUGCAUACGACGCUGUCUACCAUUUGAUGCUUCCCGCGACAGACAUGGAGUAUUUAUUCUUUUUACCGGUUGCGGGGUCUUAUACCGGACAUGCUGCCUCCGGAUCUCGCGGUAUUUGACACCGGCAUUUGAACUCACCUGAGCCGACAAUAUCACCAUGACCAGCAUCAGGUAUAAAGCUUUGGUCAGUGACGGCCAAGGAACUAAGGAAUAAACACCAUCAAUUCAUAGGAAGCGGAGAACUCACCAUGCUCGGCCUCCCCUCACCCCGCAAGCUGCUCACACAGCUGAGCCUCGGCGCCAGCCUUGUUGCGGCUCAGCUCCAGACCAUCACCAACUUUGGAAACACCUACGGCACGCAGCUAACCAUGCAGGCCUACAUUCCCGGAAAUCUGCCUGCUAGCCCAGCAGUGAUGCUCGCCCUCCACGCCUGCGGUGGAAACGGACCAGGCUACUUCCAGCAGACCAAGUACAAGUCCCUCGCCGACUCACGCGGCGUGAUCCUCAUCUUUCCGUCAUCACAAAAGGACUUUAACUGCUGGGAUGUCGCGAGCGCCAAGACACUCAAGCAUGAUGGUCAGGGUGAUAGUCAAGUUCUCGUCAGCAUGGUCGACUAUGUCAUCAAGACGUACAAGGCCGACCCCAAGAAGGUUUACGUCACGGGCACCAGCUCCGGAUGCAUGAUGACCAAUGUUCUCGCCGCGACUUACCCGGACCGCUUCGCCGCUGCUACAUGCUACUCUGGUGUUGCUGCUGGAUGCAUGGCCGGGUCUCCUGGAUCGAGCCCCAUUAGUUCUGACCGUGUCUGCUCUGACGGGAAGAUUAUCAAGACCGGACAGCAGUGGGCUGAUCAGGUUAAGUCGAUGUAUCCUGGCUACAGUGGCUCGUACCCCCGAUUCAAGACCUGGCAUGGCACUGCGGAUAAUCUUGUCUUUUACCGGAACCUUCUUGAGCAGAUCAAGGAGUGGUCGACCAUUCAGGGCGUUUCGUUUACCCGCAAUGAGACGUCGACUCCACAGUCUGGUUACACUACCAUGAUCUAUGGAGACGGAACCAAGUUUGUCGCGGUAUCUGCAGCUGGAGUCGGACAUGUCGUGCCUACUCAUGAGGAUCUUGACUUUAAGUGGUUUGGUCUUACCUGAGACUUGCUGUUGUCAGAAUCCCGGUAAAGAGGAAUACUGUCAGAUUCGGGGUUGAUGUUGCGGAGGGGAGAUAUUAGGAUCCAAGUGGGGGAGAGAAACAAGAGCAACAAGAAAGCGGGAGGAAAGAGGAUAAAUUGUGUACAUAGUUAUUUCUACUACAGUCUUCUCAGUACAUAACAACUUCAUUCAUUUAGCUAGACAGCUGCUUGUGCUCUAUUUCACACUGCCGAGCUCGCCUUUCCUCUCGCCAUAA